ACGUGCGUGUCGUCGUCACUGGUGCUCCCACAAUUCAACUCGGCGCGCGCGCGAAAGCUGCCUGAGGUAAACAACAGAAGAGUGCAGCUCGCUGACAGACCUAGACCGAGGAAACAAUGAGCAAAAAAGACAGUGCUGGUGUCGCACAGAUCCUCGCUUACCUGAAUGAGAAAAACAGACCCUAUAGUGCUCAGGAUGUCUUUACAAACCUACAGAAGCAGGGUGGUCUGGGUAAAACGGCUGUGGUCAAAGCAAUGGAGCAGCUGGCCCAGGAGGGAAAGAUUCAAGAGAAAGUCUAUGGAAAGCAGAAGAUCUACUUUGCAGAUCAGUCUCAGUUUGCGGAUGUGAGUGAUGCUGAACUUAAGGAGAUGGAUGCUCGUGUUGCACAACUCGGUGCUGAAGUACAGACCAUCUCACAGAGCUGCAGGCAGCUGGAUACAGAACUGAAGGAGCUGAACAGCUCAUUAACCACAGCAGAGAUGAAGGCACAGAUCCAGGAGCUGCAGGCAGAGUGCUCUGGGUACAGAGAGAGGCUGGAUAAAAUCAAGUCAGCUACAAACCAUGUGACCCCUGAGGAGAAGCAGAAGGUUUACAAGGAGAGAGAGACUUAUGUGAAGGAGUGGAGGAAGAGGAAGAGAAUGGUUACCGAUAUGGUUGGAUCUAUUUUGGAGGGGUACCCAAAGAGCAAGAAACAGUUUCUGGAGGAGGCUGGGAUUGAAACCGAUGAGGACCAUAAAGUGGCAAUGCCCAACAUCUGAUGGAGGACUCACUGAUUAAAUUCAGAUGCCGCCAACAUCGUUGCUGGGACACCAGACCUUUGGAAAGUAAUGUAGAGGAUUCUGGGACACUGAGAGAACUGUUUUGUUAAAAC